AUGCAAUGGUUCACCCUCUUCGCCGUGCCAAUUCUCGCAGUCGUGACCUGGCUGUAUACCGUCUCAGUGACACGCUCGCGUUUCCCGAAACUUAGGAACAAGCGCAUUUGUUUGUUGAUCGCGCAUCCCGAUGACGAGGCUAUGUUCUUUGCGCCAACGGUGCUGGCGCUCACAGAACCAAGUCUGGGGAAUCAUGUCAAGAUCCUGUGUCUGAGUAGUGGAGAUGCAGAUGGACUUGGAGAAAUCAGGAAGAAGGAGUUGAUCAAGAGUGGAAUGCAAUUGGGUCUACGGAAGGAGGACGACGUGUUCGUGGUGGAAUCUCCCGAAUUCCCAGACUCCAUGACCGCAACAUGGGACAAGGUCAAGAUUUCCUCGCUCCUCUCCUCUGCCUUCGCGCCAAAUCUCUCGAAACCAAUGACCAAGAAAUCCUCCGACCAACCUACUGCCACAAUCGAUGUUCUCAUAACAUUUGACUCCCGUGGCAUAUCCUCCCAUCCGAACCAUAUAUCCCUCUUCCAUGGCGCGAGACAUUUUAUUGGCAGUCUUAUACAUAACAGGCCCGGUUGGCAAUGUCCUGUCGAUCUGUAUACCCUAAGCACUAUCUCGAUACUCCGAAAAUACACCAGUUUCCUGGAUGGCAUAUCGAGUAUGCUAGGCAUGGCAAUUAGCAAGAAGCAGAUGGGAGACCAUCCAUCUCCACUCCUCUUCUUAAGUGCGCCCCAGGAAGUGAGGAUUGCACAGAAGGCGAUGACUGAUGCGCACCAGAGCCAGAUGAGGUGGUUCCGGUGGGGAUGGAUUGGGCUGAGUCGGUACAUGGUAAUUAAUGAUUUGAGACUAGAGAAGGUUACAGGGAAAUAA